UGCAGCUUAUAAGUUAAAAAAAAUAAGUUGGGUAGUCUAACUUAUUUUUUUUUACUUAUAAGCUGUUUUCAGCUUAUAAGCUGCUUUAGAUAAGCUAAGUCAAAUGGGCCAAAUUAUUUUUUUGAGCUUAUUUUAAGCACAAAAUGACUUUAAGCUGACUAGUUAAACGCUCAAAAAAGCUGAAAACAGCUUAUAAGCAACUUAUAAGUCAAUCCAAACGGGCUCAGACUUCCCUCCACACUAGUCAAAAUGAACUUCUCUUCAUCAAGAAAACAUUACUACUACUCCUAUUUCUUUCUUCUUUUUGCAUUAGCUAUUCCAUCAUUAAUUUUGGCACAGAAUUGUGGUUGUUCAACAGAUUUAUGUUGCAGCCAAUGGGGUUAUUGUGGAAGUGGAAAUGAUUUUUGUGGGAAAGGGUGUCAAGGAGGGCCUUGUUUUGGUAAUAAUUCACCAUCAAACAAUGAAGGUUCAGUUUCUACUAUUGUCUCUGAUGCAUUUUUUUAAUGGCAUAGCUGAUCAAGCUGCUUCUAACUGUGAAGGGAAAGGGUUUUACACAAGGGCUAAGUUCCUUGAAGCUCUUAAAUCUAAUUCUAAUUUUGGAACUGUGGGUUCUACUGAUGAUUCUAAGCGUGAGAUUGCUGCUUUCUUUGCUCAUGUAACCCAUGAAUCUGGACAUAUGUGCUACAUAAAUUAGAUAAAUGGUCCUUCAGGAGACUAUUGUGAUGAGAACAACACAGAGUAUCCUUGUGUCUCAGGCAAAAACUAUUACGGUCGAGGACCCAUCCAACUAUCAUGAAACUUCAACUAUGGACCUGCAGGAAAAGCCAUUGGAUUUGAUGGCCUAAAUGACCCUGACAUAGUGGGAAGAGAUGGUGUUAUUUCCUUCAAGACAGCCUUGUGGUAUUGGAUGAACAAUUGUCAUUCUCUCAUUACUUCUGGCCAAGGUUUUGGUCCAACUAUUCGAGCCAUUAAUGGUCGGAUUGAAUGUGACGGUGGCAACCCUCAGACUGUUGCCAGAAGGGUUGAGUAUUAUACUCAAUAUUGUCAACAACUUGGUGUCGACACUGGGGAUAAUCUUACCUGUUAGGAAGUUGGAAUAAAACAACAACCAUAUAUUUUUAAUUACUUACACGAUUGUCAGGCUUACACAUAUAUGUUAUGAAAAUUGAAUAAAACUUUAUUAUACUUGAUUUUGUUUUAAAUAAAAUAUACUCCCUCCAUACGUUUAUGUGAUGCAUCUUGACCAUAUUUUUGUAGCUAUGAAUCAUCUCAUUAAGGAUAUGUAAAUGAGAACUUUAGAGUUAAUUAUUUAUAGAUGUAUAAAAGCAUAUUUUUUUUUAUUUUUUUUUUGGAAUAGAGUGUAUAUAAUUAUACCACAAAUGGAGAUGCAAAUGAGGAACAUUUGUUUUUCUAGGAUUAUGUUUGCUUCAUUUCGGGUUUUACCUGAAACCAUUAUUAUUAGCAGCUUGCGAAAAAACAGCUGCUGCACAUUAAGCUUUCAAUACAUUAUCUUGAUUUCUUUGAGUUUAUAUUAUGUACACAUAUUGAUGGGAUACGGGGUGACCAUCAUAAAAUUAGAGGCUUCGUUCCGAACUUCAAGAUCCACAAUAUGCUUAUGUGGAUAUUUAAAGAAUGAAGAGUAAAGCCCAAGACAAUUAGAAGCCCAAAAUAAGAGAGACCCAUGUCUUUGGUCUUCAAUUAAGAGGCCAUAAGUUAAUGGGUAUUUUAAUAUUUGUUUUUUUAGAUAUGAACCCUAGUAUAAAUAAGCUAUUAUGUCUUUAUUUUGGAGGAUAGAUUAUGUUGGAUUAUGAGUGUAGAUUACUCUUUUGAGAGUUGGGGAUUGUCCCAUACCUCCUCUUGAACUUCUCUUGAAUUAUUACAAGUAGCUAAUUCAUGUACAAGGAAUUAAAAGGUAGACAUGGAUGGUAAUGAGAAUUCAAGUGGUGGUCCCAUGAAAGGAAAUGAAAGGUGGAGUUCAUCCAAUGAACCGGCUUAUUUUCAAUAUGGUUUUGAUACAUGGUAUGAGUGGUGAUAUGAAGAAAAUGUGAUUAAAGAGAAGGAACUCCGUAAAAUGAAGCUUCCUUGUUUCAACGGGAAUGAUUGUCCGGAUGCAUACUUUGAUUGGGUCCAAGUGCUUGAAGAGACAUUUCACAUCUUCAAAGUUUCUAACCUUCAAAGAGUAAUUUAUGCCACCGACAUGUUCAUAAAUCAUGCUUAUCGAUGGUGGAACGAAGUGAUGAGAAAAAGGUAUAGAGAUAACCCAAGUACCGACACAAAGUGGAAAGAAUUUAAGAGGCCCAUGGAAGAGAAAUUAGCUCCUACAUAUUUUCGAGAAAAAUAUUGUGAAGAAUAUAAUAGAGGAUCUACUCGGAGUAGAAAGGAAGAGUAUGAUGGAAGUUUGAAGAAAUAUGAAACAAGGAAUAACGCCAAGAAAGAAGACUUGAGGAAUAAUCAAGAUGUGAAUCCUUUGUCAUAUAUUCAUUCGAAAGGAAGAUCAAGAGAUUCUUCUUAUGGUGUCAACCAUCGACAUGAUGUUAAGAGCCCUUUUUACAAGUCAAAUGAAGUCCUUGGAGCAUAUCUCAUGUCUAAAGAAGAAAAGUCCUUUGCUACUUAUAACAAUGAGCAUUCGAGUGGAAUGCAAGGUAACUUGGCUACACUUAAUUAUACUUCUAGAGCUAGUAGCGAUAAAAGUGUGUCUUGUAAUAAAUCUUUGGGAGCUAGAAAUUGUUUAAAGAAUGUGAAUGAAAAUCAUGUUGGUUCUAGUAGUCCUUCUUUGAAGGAGCUUACUCCUACUUGUACUUGUGCAAUUGUGUCACCUCUUGAGAAAAAUAUCGAAUUGUCUACUUGUGAUAAAAAUGAUACUUCUUGCGUCGAAAAUGUUGUGGGGUCUAAAAAUUGUGCCUUUGGUGAAGUUGUUGAAAGUAGUACUUCUUUAUUGAAAAAUACAAAUGAUGAGGUUGUGCUUGGGAAUGAAGAUUUGCUCGUAAGGAGAUCCUUAUCUACUUGUUUGAAUGAAGAGGAAGAAAGUACACAAAGGCAUAAUAUUUUCUACACUAGAUGCCUUAUUUUGGGAUGGAUGUACACUUUGGUAGUGAAUGGUGCUAGUUGUGAUAACUUGGUUAGUGCUACCUUGGUGAAGGAAUUGAAGUUAAAGACUUUUAAUCAUCCUAGGCCAUGUCGUUUGCAAUGGUUGAAUGAAUGUGGUGAACUUAAAGUGAGUAGAAUGGUGAAAAUUCCUUUCAUGAUUGAAGACUAUAAAGAUGAAGUAACUUGUGGUGUGGUGCAAAUAUAUGCUUGCCAUAUUAUUCUUGGGGGACCUUGGAUGUAUGAUAGAGAUGUUAUGCAUAGUGGGAGGAAGAAUCACUACACAUUGGAGAUGGAGGAAAAAGUGAUCAAGCUUGAACCGUUGGAGCCAAAUGAAGUGUUAAAAGAGCAAGUGAAUUUAAGAGUGUCUUUGAAAAAUACUACAAGAAAAAGUGAGGAUGAGAGAGAAAGAUAGACAUAAGUAAGGGAGAGAAAAGUGACAACUCUAGAGUGGAAAAAGGAGACGAAAAUUUGAGUGAAGAGAGUGAGUUGUCACAAGAUAAGAGAUUAAAAAGAAAGUGAGAGAAAAGAAAGAGGGAAAACAAAAGAUUGAGAGUGAGGAUCUUUCUUAUUCUAAUGUUCCUAACUUUUCUGCUUUCUCUAGUUAUUUUGUGUCUUGUGAAGAAAAUCUUGGAGAGGAGCACUUGAAGGAGCAAUCAAAAGGAGAAAAUUCAUCUUUGGAGAACUUGGAAGAACAAGGUACCCUUUCAAGAGAAUCUAUGGGCUUAAUUGAGCAAGAUCAAGGUAAAGAAAUUUAUUUGAAGAGUUUCAAGGUAAAAUGACUAAAGUUUCUACUCUAAGUACUUUGAAUGACUUUGAUGAAAGUUUGAGUUUAGAAGUUGGUCAUAUAAUUUUUGAGCAUAAUGAUUCUUUAGCUUGUGAUGAUGAUUCUAAAGUUUGUUGUGAGCAUCUACUAGUUGAAUUGAGUUGUCGAGAUUAGGUUGGUUAUUAUUGUGAACUUGAUAGUAAGUUGCAAACUAGUGAUGUUAACAUUGAUGAAUUUGGAGAGCUAUGUCUUGCUAAUGUAUUUAACCAUAAAGCUUGCAUUUUUAUUGAAGAUCAUUGUGUGAAUCAACUUGAUUGUGAAUCUUUGACUAGUGAGGAUGAAUUUAAUGUUGACUCAUAUGAUGGUCCUCCUUUAUGGGAUGAAGAAAGUCAUGAUUCAUUUAUAACUAAUUUGACUUCAUUUGAGGAGAUACUUGAUGUUAAUAGUGGUUUGAGUUUUGACUAUAAUAUUUUGUAUCAUAAUGACAUGACUUCUUCUCAUGGCUUCAAAAUGUAUGAUAAUCCAUUAUGUGAAGUUGAAAUUGAGGAUGUUGAAGAGUGUGCUAGUGACAAAAAAAGAAUUUGGAGAGAUUCUUAAAGUUAGUGACUACUUGUGCAAAAAGAAAGGUAAAGUGAUUGAUGCUACCACUACUGUUAAUUUCUUUACGUACUCAAUUCCAAACUUUGAAAGAACAUUCUUGAUUGAUUAUGCUAAUGCUUCUAGGAAAAGGGAUAAGACUGUUUUAUUUGAUAUUUGGAGUGAAUGUUGUGAGCCCAACAAUUCUAACUUCAUUGAUUUAUUUGUGAAGGUUUACAAGAAAAAUGGUAACCUUGAGCUUUUAUUUGGGGGUAUCCUAGCCAAUGAGGUUUCUAAGUUUCGUAAAGUCAAGAAUGAUUUGUAUUCAUGACUUACGCUUGGACUUGAUAAAGCUAUGAGAGUUGAUUCAUUUGAUUACUCAUAUAAUGAGGCACACUUUGUGUGUAAUUUUGGAGUAGGUCUUAGUGGUUUUCAUGUGUAUGUUGUCUCUUAUGCUAAUUCUUGUCCUUUGAUCUAUUUAAUCAUUGAAUUGUAUGGCAAACUUGUCUUUAUUGAGUCCUUAGAUGAUUGGGUUUACCAUAAAUAUGUACACAUGUUGAUCGUGUGGUUACUUUUGAGGCUUGCUUAUAUCCAUGGUGAUCUUAAGUUAAUGCAUGAUCUUUAUUUUAUGUUUCAAGGUUUAAAUGCGAGGACGAAUUUCAUUAAAGAAGGAGAAAUGAUGGGAUACAGGGUGACCAUCAUAAAAUUGGAGGCUUCGUUCUGAACUUCAAGAUAUUAGACACAAUUUGCAGGAUUUCCCUUCGCUGGUGGUGGUCUUUAAUUUUUUUCCCCUCAAAUCAGUGGUCUUUAAUUUUUGCCCUUCGAUAACAGCCCCUUGGUUUCGGGUUUGAACCCCCGCUCAGUGAAAAAUUAAAAAAAAAAUCGCAAGGCAUAAGUUGGGAUUCACAGGGCAUAAUUUGGGUUUCAAACUCUGCCUAUAUAUAUAUAUAUUGCUGGAAUUUUGCAAAUCUCAGCCUUAAGGCCUAAAAUUUAGGCAAAAAUUAGGCCUUAAGGCCGACGUUUGCCUUAAGGCCUAAUUUUGAGUAAAAGUUUGCCUGGGGUUAAGGCAAAAGUUGGGGUCCAACUUUUGAUCCAACUUUUGGCUUGCGAAUAUCUACUUCGUUCUAGAUUCUCUUCAUUGUUUCUUUGGGUUAAUUGAUUGCAUUUCAAUUCUAGAUUUAUCCUUUCUUUCUUCUUAUCCUAGAUUCGAGAUUAUUGGUUGCAUUUUUAUAUGUCUAGGUAAUUAAUUACUUAGGUGUG